UUCAAGCCUGCAGCUGGGCAGGGCUCCAAAGGUGCAGCCGUCGCCGCUUCAAGUUAGCUGUAAAUUGCACAACUUCCAGCGCCUCGCUACGCUCCGGGACUAGCAAGGAGCUGGCAGGAGCCGGGGCCCCUGCGUGGUGCGGCUCCGGCCCGGGGGCGACCAUGGCUCCCUUUGGCAGGAGCGUGCUCAAAGCCCGGCACACGGCCAGAUCUGCAAGCAAGAACAUGGCUUCAAAUGAAAGGGAGAUUGUCGUUUGGGUUUGCCAAGAAGAGAAAAUUGUGUGCGGACUGACAAAGCGCACAACCUGUGUAGAAGUGAUCCAAGCUCUGCUAGAGGAACAUCAAGCUACAUGUGGGGAAAAAAAGUUUCUUUUUGGAAAAGCUAGUGAUUAUUGUAUCAUAGAAAAAUGGAGAGGCUCGGAAAGGGUCCUCCCCCCUCUGACAAAAAUCUUGAGACUUUGGAAGGCGUGGGGGGAAGAACGGCCUAAUUUGCACUUUGUUUUGGUGAAGUCAGAUGCUUUUCUCCCAUUUCCAUUGUGGAGGACAGCUGAAGCUAAGGUAGUUCAAAACAUAGAAAGACAAUGGGAGCUCAGCCCAGCAAAUUACAUGAAGACAUUGCCAGUGGACAAGCAAAAGAGAAUUGUCAGAAAGACUUUCCGGAAACUGGCCAAACUUAAACAAGACAGUAUUCAGCAAGAGAGGGACAGUAUGGAGACCCUGAUUCAUCUGAUCAUUUCCCAAGACCAUACCAUUCAUCAACAAGUCAUCAGAAUGAAAGAGUUGGAUAUGGAGAUUGAAGAAUGUGAAGCCAAAUUCCAUCUAGAUCGAGUAGCAAAUGAUGGAGAAAACUAUGUGCAGAAUUCUUAUCUAAUGACCAGUCCAAAUGAGGAUGAACAACAAUCAAAUAUACCAUUUGCUCAAUAUCAGAUGCAUGAAUAUUUAGACAAAAGUGAUGGAAUUUUGCAGGUGGAAGAGGGACUGAGACAUCACAAAUUACUAAUAAAAAAACUCAAUGCUGAAAUUGAAGAAGUAGUAAAAAGUAUGUCCUUUGACACACAUGGAGAUGAUGAGUCUCCAUCUAAUGGGGCAUCUAAUGGUGAACUGGAAGACUCAGAUUUAGAAAGUGUUAAACUUGAGCUGGAAAGAAGUAUGAAAGAUGGCUUGAGAAUCAAUUCUUAUUUGAAUGCCAUUCAAAAAGAACUUAGUUACAGAGAGCUACUACUUCAAAAGAAGGAGAAAGAAUAUGAACUCCUUGCAGAAGAGUUUAAUUUGCUACACGUUAAAGACAAUAUUGAAACUACUUUUUCACCCAGUGAAGAACAAGCCAACGACAGCGAAAACUCCAGCAAAGGCACUGUGGUGUCUGACUUUGUUCGUAGAGUGACUAAUUUAGAUAUCAAUGAUACUGACUCUGACACUGGAAUCAGCUCUACUCACAGUCAAGACUCUGAGACAACAUUAGGAGAGAUGAUUCUGUUAUCAACAUAAUUGAAGACAGUUACGAACAUGACUAAGAACAAUUUAACAACAAUUGCCUUUGGAUAUUUAUUACCAUUUAAAAACCUUGCUAUUACAGGAGCUCAGUGCUGGGAGGUGGAGCACACUGACCUCAAUCCAACAGCCAUGUUCACAUACACAUGACCAAGUACAUGGGACUAUUCACAUACACAUACAUGCACAAACUUAUGCAUGUGCUUAAGCAUGUGAAUAUUGUAUAGGCUUAAAACAAUGCUUUGCUGGAUCAGUGUCAGACUGCUCAGCACUUGAAAGUGGAGCCUCAGUAGGACAGGAGGAUUCUGUUUGGAAAUGGGAUGGAAUCGAAGUACAGGUUGUGAAAUCCCUUGAUCCCUGAGUCCAUCUCUUCAUCUGACUAAUCUCGUAGGAGCACGGAUAUAAAAAAAAAAUGCAUCAAAUCAAUUGGGCAGCUUGAUUCUCUGUUCUGUUACACUGACUUUAUUCAUCUGAAGUUGAGUUGAACUGAUCUAAUACUGUAAGGGAAUAUAAGGUCAGGCACACAAUCUAGGAAAACUUAGUUUUCAUGAUGUUGUAAAGACAAAUAAAAAGCAUGUGCUUUUUAUGCAGUAUAUUUAAAUUUCUUUGCCACAGAUCACAAAGGGUAACAUUCCAUAAGUAUCUGAGUCAUAUUUUCAAAAGUGAUCUCAUUUCCGUGGAGUGUAAACUGUGCGCAGUUUCAGUAUGUCUUAGGCUCUUAAAGGCUAAUGCCAUAAACAAAGGCACCUAACUCUUGCUAUAGUCGCCUAUUUUCAGCUAUUCACUGCCAUUGAGAUCCUUAAAACCCCUGCUUAGCUGCUUUCUGACUCUUGUUGUGCCUAGAUUUUUGAUAGUCAAAUUCAGUUCUUCUGGUACAGAACUAUGGGCUCUGUUGCCCUCUUAUUGAGAGUCCCAGUUCUCACCUAAGCCCAAGAGUCACUCUCAGCCUAGCAUUCCCCUGCCUAUCUUUGCCUAUAGCUAUGGAUCUACUAUGUAUUCUUGGUGCGUGCUUCCUAGAUCAGGAUUUGCCUAAAAAUCAGGUAGGGAUGGGACAUUUUGGUGUGAGCUAGCUGGGUAUACAAGUAAUUUCCCGCGCCCCCUCACUAGUUAGAGCAUUGAUAUAGAAGGGCUGCUGUCAAAACCUUUUCUUCAUUUGACUAUAAUGAGAGGUUUAAACCUCUCUUUCUUACUUCCUAGGUGAGGGUUAUUGGGUAGGCUGGGAUGAAUCUCAGUCUUUCCUGUUGAAAUGUUGCCACUUCCUAUGACUAUUCAUUGAGGCAGAGAAGAAACAGAAUGAGAAAUAAAUUAUAGUGUGAUGGUUAAGGUAUUCACCUGGGAUGUAGCAGAAUCAGAUUCAAGAUAACUGAUCAGUAAACCAGCUUGCUGGUUUCUGGGAGCCUUGGUUUUAGAUGCCUAAAUCUCACCCACACCUUUUCCUAAAAGUAUUCUCUAUAUAAUGAAAUAAGAUGUGUACGUAACUUAGAUUUGAGAAUUCCAUUAUGAGGAAGGCACCUAUAAGCCAAGCGUUACAACUGUGUUUCGGUGCCUAAAUCUCUGUCUUUAAGCACUUUUGAAUAUAUGCCCUAAAAUCAAACUGCACAUAUUAAUGGGAAUUUUAAGGAGUGCUAGCUAAACAAAAACAAAGUUCAGUUACUUAAAUCUUGGACAUUUAUUAAAGGACAGUAUUUAGAUGGCAUAAAUGUAAAGGACUGGUAAUUUUAGCCAUGUUUUUUCCUUCGACUAUAGUUUUGGAGUUCACUGGUUUGUUUCCCUGAUUGACAGACCAUGUAGUUUUCAAAAUGACCAAAGCACUUAAACUGUGCUUGUAUAGAUGACUUGGAGAAAAUCUUUCCUAAGUAAUGCAAACAGUUCUUGUUUUGAAGACUUCUGAACCCCAGUUACAUUAUGAAGAAAAAAUUUUGUUCUAUCUGUCUGUGUUGGCUGCCUUAAGAUACCUUGUUUCACACCAUAGCUUUAUCAGUCAAUAUUAUUUUGAGUGUUUUGAAUGCCUUGGGUGUAAUAUGUCAAGUCCAGACCCAUCAAUUCUUGAUGGAAACUAAAUAUAUAAGAAAUAUUAUACCUUAACUUUAGUAAUUUAUUAACACAUGAACAGCCUUUUAAACUCUGUGUGUCAUGUACCAGUGUGGCAUGCAUAGAUUUGUUUUUUUUGUUUGUUUAAAUCUUGAGAGUAGGUUAAUAUAUUUCAUGAAUUGCAUUCGAAAUAAUUGUUAACUAUCAACAGUUAUUUUAAAAUACUUAUUUUUGUGUGGUGGGGGGGGAGGUUGUACUCUGUCAAUUCAUUUCUGUAUAGGAGACUACUUCAGGGCAUAUAAGUAACUUAAAUUUCUUCUUCAGCCUGGCAUCAAAAUUGUUUGUCUAUAGGCUUUGUGUUGGCCCUCUGCAAAGAAGUGACUUUCAUCCAUGCUGCAUGCUUGAUUGUGUUUCCAUCAUGUGAAAUGUAUGUAUAUUUUCAAAGUAUCGCUUUCUUCUGAGAAGAAAAUAGGCAGUACAGUUUUUGAGAAGUCCAUAGCGGUCUGAAACUCAGCCCUAUGAUUUGGACGAAGCCUUUAUUCCUUUUAAGGCUAACCUGAGUUAAAAAAUAAAUUCACUAUAGCUCAAUGGGCAUGUCUAUACGAGCAUUAAUGUGCCAUAAUUACAGCACAUUAAGUUUAGUAACUGUAAUAACAGGUACUAACUUAAUGCACUGUAAUCAGUGCACUGGCACAUGUUUUUUACGUGAUGGUAAUGUGCAGUAGACUAAUUCUACUGUGCAUUAGCACUGCUUUCACUGUGACACACUGAUGUGCAGUCUACUAUGCUUCUAGCAUCUUGUGUAGCAAUGUCCAAAGUCUUUGAGCUCUCUCCCCACCCUAAAUCCCUUUAAUCCACGUUUAGCGAGUUAAUAUGUCAUUCUCUAAACCAGUGCUCUCCCAAUGUAGUUUUACUCCUUCCUUUCCUACUCAAAUGCCUUUCCUUCACUUAAACUGAUAGAUGUCUCUGUCCCCUGGGAGCUGCAAAAUGUCACCUUUUUGUUCUUUUCCUGUCUCUUCUUAAGUUAUCUUUUUUGGAGUCCCUACACUCUUGUUUUAUGUUGCAUGCAUUUCCAUUGGGUGCACAAUGCUUACUGAUUAGAGGAACAAGGAAGUACUGAAUGACAGGGCAACAAUUCUGAGAAUGAAUGGUGUUGAGUAAGAAUACAAGCACAGACAUUGGGUUUAGCUGGGGUGAAGGCAGAAGUAAUAAUUUAAUAGAUGAGAGCUCUCUUUUGGGCAUGGGGAUAGUAACUGGGUGGUAAGUGGGUACGGACUCUUGCUAUUGAAGUUCUGGGUUGAAAUCAUUUGGAUGCAGGUAUAACAGCGCUGAAGUCAAAGAAGAUAAACUGAUUUAUACCAGCUGAGAAUUUGGUCCUAAGACUUCUGGGGACUUCUCUGAAGUGGUCAGAUCUGACAAACUUAAAAAGCAGCUUCUCUUGCCCACAUAUUACUAUAAGCUCUGUAAUUUUAAUGUCAUAGACUUUAUAUAGUAAUUUCAUGUUUCUACAUGAUUUAUUGUGUAAUUUUACAAAUUUGAUGAAGCCAGAUGAGUCAAAAUGUAAUUACUUGUUUCAGGCUCAAGACGACUGUUUCUUUAGAAGACAAAUAUAAGAACAUAAUUAUCAUUUGAUUAUAAAGAAAUUUACAGUAUUUAACAUGCUUUUAUAUACUUAAUAAUUACAGUGUAAUUAAAGAAUUAUUGCGUGGUUGUC